CAUUUGUGAAAGAAAAUACUUUUAUCUUUAUGUCAUUAAUUUCUUAGUCCAGCUUAGAGUCACUUGCAGUAUCAUUUACUUCCUUAGCAAAGCAAACACAAAAAAAACAACUAUUAUUUCGGAAUGAUUGGUGAAUUGUCCUGCAGUUUCAUUUCUGACAUUAAGUCGUAAGUACGAAAUGGAGUAGAUUUAAAACCACUAUUUAUUUUGUAAAAGAAAAGAAUUAACCAUCAUGAUUUCAGAAGUGGUAAUUGUAGGAUUGUGAAAAAAAGUGAGUCAUAGCCAGUAGUAUUUUUGCAUUGAAGCAGUAAAUUAUCGAUGGUGAAGCUGUUUGAAGUCGUGCUAAAUUUGUAAAAAAAGCGAGUCUUUGCUAGUACUGCUUUUUGUUUACAAGUAUACUAACAGGAAGUAAAUUAUAAAUGGCGGAGCACCGUUAAGUCGUGCUGCUACUGUAAAAAAGUAAGUCUUUACCAAUAGUGCUUUUGAUUUAAAAACAUAUGCUUCAAAAGUAAAUUAUCAAUGGGAAAGCGGUUUGAAGUUGUGCUGCAUCUGUAAAAAAAGUAAGUUGUUUCCAGUAGUGCUUUUGGUUUACAGGUAUACUAACAAAAAGUAAAUUAUAAAAUGAUGAAACAGUUUUAAGUCGGUGCUACAACCAUAAAAAAGUGCGUCUUUGCUAGAAGUGCUUUCGAUUUAAAAACAUAUACACGAAAAGUAAAUUACAAAUCGUGAAGUUGUUUUGAAUUGUGCUGCAUCGAUACUUCCAGAAAAUAGUAAACACGUUUAAAAAUGCCCGAAUCAAAAUCACAGAUGGAGUUUGAGGAUUUGCUUGAAGAAGUUGGCGAUUUCGGAAAGUAUCAGAGUAGGUUGAUAAUUCUAUUCUUGAUUCCAUCAGCGAUAGUUCUUCCUUGGUUUACCAUGAACAUUCUGUACUUGGUUUACAUUCCUGAUCAUUGGUGCCACGUACCGGAACUGGCAAUGAGCAAUUUAAGUGUGGAAUCGCAAAGAAGCCUCAUCGCUCCUCCCGGUAACUCUUCUUGCUUCAGGUAUGACAUAAACUAUACAGAGCUCUUACUCUCUGGUGAUUUGAAUAUUAAGAAUAACACUCCAGUGAUACCCUGUAACAGUUGGCAAUAUGACACAACAUAUUUUGAUGAAACUGCAGCAAGUAAGUGGGACAUGGUCUGUGGAAAUAGUCAUUAUGCUAGCUUGGUGAUGACUUUAACAAAUGUUGGAAGCAUUAUUGGAACUCCAAUCUAUGGUACACUCUCUGAUAGAAUAGGUCGGAAGCCCGUAUGGUUCAUCGUCAUUCUAGUCACGGCUAUCACGUCCAUUACUUCUAUUCUAAUGACCGAUUUCACGGCCUUUCUCAUACUCAGAACAGUCAAUGGUAGCCUUAUGCCAUCAGUUUUUCAACUGCCUUACAUCAUUUUGCUGGAAGUUGUUGGACUCUCAAAACGAACUCUGAUGAACGGAACAGCUAGUGGAUCAUGGACUGUUGGACUCUGCUUUUUACCACUAAUAGCCUACUUUACGAAACACUGGGUUCCUUUCGGAUUGAUAACUUCUUCGGUUUCAGCACUGAUGUUCCUAUACUGGAGAUAUAUGCCAGAAUCACCAAGAUGGCUGAUAUCCCGAGGAAAAUACAAAGAAGCUGUGAGAGAAAUGCAAAGAAUAUCCGAUACAAACCGCACAAACAUGGAUCCUGUGGACUUGCGAAUGAAACUUCAGAAACUAGGAGAAAGAAUAAAGAAAGAGAAAUUGGAUUCCGCCAGCAAUACAGCCUUCGAUUUAUUACGAUAUCCAAAUCUGCGGAAAAAAUUUCUGAUUCUUUCAUUUUGUUGGGUCGCAGAUAUCUUUGCCUAUUAUGGUCUUCAAAUCAACGCUUCAAAUCUCGCUGGUGAUCCAUUUCUGAAUUUCUUUCUGCUAGCUCUUGUUGAGAUACCUGGACUUGUGUUUAGUUGGUAUUUCAUGGAGAAAUGGGGUCGACGAUGGUGUUCAGUAACAGCUUUGGCUAUCACUGGAUCUGCCUGUCUUCUCGUUGCAAUCAUUCCAGGUGUACCGUCUUUGGCAGUGGCUUGCUCAUUAAUCGGUAAGUUUGGUGCGUCAGCAGCGUUCAUGGCAGUCUACCAGCAAUGCUCAGAGCUGUAUCCAACAACAAUUCGAGCUAUAGGCAUGGGAAUGAGUGGAACUUUUGCAGGUGUUGCAAACAUCAUAGUGCCUUAUAUUGUGUUUUUGGCAUUCAUUGAUAAAUACAUCCCUUUUCUUAUUUUCGGACUGGUGUGCAUUUUAGCAUCCAUAAGCGCAACAUUUUUACCUGAAACCCUCAAUGAAAUUCUCCCACAGACGAUCAACGAUGCAGAGACAUUUGGAAAAGAUCAAAGAUAUUUUUCGUGCACUGGGAAAAGAAAUUCAGUUUCCUCAACUGAAGAGGAGUCUCCAAAAUUCUUCAAAGAUCUUUUAAAAGACACAUAAAGCAGCUAAAUAAAUUUUCUAUUUAACAAA